GGAACUGACGUCUCCACUGUGCAAGUGGAUGGAAAAAUGCAGCUGCAGGAAAAAUGGCUCCAAACACCGCACCGCUAAAAGGUGUUUAAGUCAACUCCUCAAUCAUUUGGGCAACUCAGACCUAGAAGUCAUCUGACUCAUGGCUGCUUCCACUUGACAGAAUGGCCCAGACACACAGUGGUAAUGGGUUCAAGCUGGAUGUCCCCCAGCCAAAAGGGGUUGUGGGUAAGGAGGAAGCCCUCCGCAUGGAAGAGGAGGCUUUAGCUAAAUUACAAAGGGAGAAGAGACACACUCUACCAGUUUCAACAUCCUCAUCUUCUUCUAAACCAAAACUGUCUAAAUCUGCCACUGUUCCCCAACCUUCGUCCUCCGUCAACAAACCCGACAAGGACCUUAUUGUCUUUCCGGAGACCAAGAAACAAGCAGAGCAGGACAAGUUCAGGGACAUUGAUGUGGACAAGCUGACCAAUGAGGAGCUUGAAAAGCUUCUGCUCGAUGAAAACUUUGGCAUUAACAGCAAAGAGUCCCGGCCUUCACCGCUGCUGGGGUUUAACCUCAGUGCCUCUUACCCAGGAGGCCAUGUCUGCAGCUCCGCCCCUUUUCAGAGCAGCCAGUGGACUUCGGUUCUCUCCGCUCCCUCUACUUCCAAGGUGUCCGCUCCAUCCCAUCAGCCCGGCCCGUUGUUCCCCUCGGCUCCAUUUCCCAAACCCGGCACAUUUCAAAAUGGUUUCACUCCACCUAUACCACCCUUCAUGACCCUGCCUACGCAGCAGCCACCCUUCAUGACGUUGCCUCCCAUCCAGCCUGCUUCGGCUUUGGUAUUCCCGCAACCGACUGUGGACCCAGAGAUGGCCAAGCUGUUUGACAAGAUUGCCAGCACUUCAGAAUACUUGAAGAACGGCCGAUCAGCCAGCACCGAUCCAGAUUUAUCCCAAGCAAGCACAGCCUCUCUGGCACCCCACCCUCCACCCCGACAGCCGGCAGCGGUGGAAUCCUCUCACAUCAGCCGUUUCGACUGGCUGGACCUGGACCCUCUUUCAAAGCGCAAAGCAGAGAACGAGGAAGCGUGUUUGACGACGGACGGCGCCGCACAGACUGUAACGGAGGGUUCUGCUGGGGAUCCUUGGGAUGCAGUGCUUGAAACUGAAGGGAACAAUGGUUGUAAGAGCAGCACUCCACCUCUAGAAGGGAACGUUUCACAGACAGGUCCUUCUCAACAGAGGAGAGCAUCAACCGGAGCAGCUGUCACUAGGAGCCACUCGCUCAACAUCCCAGGGUCUACCUCCCAGCACAAACCAAAUAAUCAGGUAAGGGCACACAAAGUGAUAAAACAACACAGGUCUUGA